UUCAGUAUAAUUGCAGGAUGCUAAUCUAUUUUUAGAAGCAUACAAUCACUGUUAAUAAAUAUAUGUAUAUGUCUGUCUGUGUGUAGUGACAACUGCAAAUUAUACCUUGUCCAUCGGUUUCUUAUAAUUAACUUAAAGAAAUACAUAUAUAUAUAUAUGCCCAUAAGUGCAGUGACGUCAGUUAGAACUGCUCUAUACUAUCCUGACAGAUUUGGACAGUUUUGCGGCUAGAAAACUUUUGGAUAGUUCUGUUGAUAGUUUUACGUAACUCUCCAUUUUAGUUUGUACAACAUGUAUUCAUCUGACAGUAUUGAAGCCUUGUUGACCCUUUAGAAGAAGAAGUAAUCAUUGAAAUAAAACAAGUUCAGUCACUGUGGUAUGGCAUCAAUAGAUACAAAUAUUGUCAGCAACAAUGGCGACCAGUUCAAAGAAGCAAGAAAUGACGGGGAUGUUCCAACACUUUUGAUACAAUGUCAAAACGUUAUUGUAUCUAAUAUAAACAUUUCUAAAGCAAUUAGUUUUAUUUCAUUCGUAAAACAGUUUUCACCUGACAGGCUGUCCGAUGCAGUUUUGGACUGCAUAUCAGAGAACUUCAAAAUUGCAGUUGAGAAUGGAUUGUUUCAUACAUUGUCGCAUACAGACUUUAAAUUUUUGUUGAAUAAUGAAAAAUUGACCGUUUUCAGAUAUGGUAUACCAGUUAAAAACUAUGAAGCAUGCAUACUUGCUUCAUUAGGUAAUUAUGUAUCUGCUAAAAAUGUGGAGAACGAGAAAGUCGAGGACCUAUUAAGCGUCAUCCGUCUUUCUGAUAUACCUUCUGCUAUGUUAGAAAGUAUGACUAAUGAAUAUACAGUCUUUCGUGCCCUAAAAGCAAGCAUAUGCACACCAAAACGAAAAAACAUACCGAAUAGCAGAAAGUAUUCUGAGUCCGAAAGAAUGUUGAUAAGCUACCAAGAGUACGCUUCUAUUCCAGAUUGGUAUCUUGAAAAAUAUGAAUAUAGAAUUGUCAGUUGUUUUAAUGGUUGUGAAUUGAUUGAGAUAGAUGACCGACCUAUGACAAUAGAAAUAUGGAUCGUCAAAUGGGAAGGUCUUGAUAUUGUAGGUGGAUUUCAUAUCCAUUAUCACAGUGGAAAACGUUUAGUGUGUGGCACAAAACCUGCAAGACAUGAUAUUGUAAUCGAGGAGGAAUUCACUCUUCACGAGGAUGAAGUUGUGAUUAGGAUUAGAGCAACGCAUGGUAUGUUUAUUGAUAGUAUUUCGUUUUUUACAAAUAUGCGCCGUACAUUUGGCCCAUAUGGUGGAACAGGAGGACACCGAAGCGAUUUGGAUAUGCCACCCGGGAAACAUGGCUAUUUUCAUUCGUUUAAGGGCAAGGUAGUUAAACAUAGAUAUACGAAUUACGUAGCAUACCUACAGUUUAACUGGGUUGCUUUUGGGAAAGAUGGUUAUGAGGAAAUUGUGUCGACUGGAAGUAUGUUCAUCCCCAAAAGAAGACUUGAAUUAGAUGAACAAGACAGAAUAUUGGAUAUUGAUUAACAUCUAUCAAUAAUUAUGUACUACUAGCGUUAUAGCGUUUUGAUUUAUUUUGUGGAAAAUCGAACUUUCAAUAUCUAUUGUUGGUCUGGUUAUAAAUUUAUUUAUAUGUUCAGUUCAAUAUCCAAUAUAAUAGUUAUACUCUGUGCGCCGACUACCGAGAUGCAUUCGUAUCAAAUGCCAUGCGAUAAUACAUUUGCGAUAUAGUGAUUGAUGGAAUGAUGGAUUAAUGUUAAAAAGGUCAGAUUGUCAGGAAUAAGUUUUUAUCCGUUUGCUAUUUUAAUGACUCAUAUUUAUACCAAAGCUACAAAAGUUAUUUGUUUAUGAUGUAUGAAUCAAGAGAAAAAUUUAGACUGUUAGACUUAUGUUGGUUUACAUAAUAAAAUUGAAAAAGGAAAUGGGGAAUGUGUCAAAGCGAAAACAACUCGACCAUAGAGCAGACAACAGCCGAAGUCCACCAAUGAGUCUUGAAUGUAGCGAGAAACUCUCGCACCCGAAGGCGUCCUUCAGCUGGCCCCUUAAAAAUAUGUUACUUGUUCAGUGAUAAAGGACGUCAUACUAAACUCCGAAUUAUACACAAGAAACUAAAAUUAAAAAUCACAAAACUAACAAAGGCCGGAGGCUUGCGGCGGGGUUAAAAAUGUUUAUGAGAUCUCAACCCCCCCUAUAACUCUAGCCAAUGUAGAAAAGUAAACGCAUACCAAUACGCACAUUAAAAUUCAGUUCAAGAGAAGUCCGAGUCCGAUGUCAGAAGAUGUAACAAGAGAAAAGAAACAAAAUGACAAUAAUACAUAAAUUACAACAGACUACUAGCAGUUAACUGACAUGCCAGCUUCAGACCUCAAUUAAACUGAUUGAAAGAUUAUGUCCUUAUCAUAUGAAUAUCAGGCACAAUCCCUCUCGUUAGGGGUUAAGUAUCAUACUACUAUAUAGAACUACAUUAUAUGAAGUCUUAACCGGUAUGACACAAUGGCGAAUUGAAAAAUUACCCUAGCCUUUCCCUUAAUAAUUACUAGUACUUAUUUCAUGAAUUUAGAGGAAGAAUUUUCCAGUAGGUUGUCGGCAGUCCUAUGGAAACAAACUUUGCUACUCUCCUUGUAGAUCUUUUCUUAUUUUCAUAUGAGUAAGACUUCCUUCAGACACUUGGUAAAAAACAAAAUCAAAUUACCUUGAUUCUUUAAUUUUUCAUACAUGACAUAUUAGGUAUAUUGGUAUUGUUCUUUUUUAUCGAUACUCCAAUUUUUCUAAUAGAGUUCAAUUGAUAUAUCUUACUUAUUUUGUAAUCAUAAAACGAAUGACAAACGAGACUUCAAUUUGGAAAUUAAAACAUUGCCUCACCUUGACAACAACUUACAAACUCCAUCCGUGUGUGAAGUGUACAUUUCCCAACUAAUACGAUAUUUAAGAGCUUAUAAACUAGGUUCAACAACUUUCAAGUUGGUUAACAAAGUCCUAAGCAAGUAACAAUUUCCUAAAAUAUACUUAUUUUUCACAUUUCUGUUUUCGAGUACCGUGUCACGUG